AUGCAAGUGGAAGAAGCUGGCAUUAUAGAUAAAAUCAAUCAAGAAACACAACUAUUAAAUGAAGAAGUAAAAAGACUCAUGGCAAGUUAUCAAAAUGAAAAACAACAAUGUGAUGAAUUACAAAAGAGUUAUGACAAUCAGUUACAAGAAAUUCAACGAAUUAAAGAUGCUAUUUCAGAAUUUGAACGUAAUCACGCACAGGUUGAAGAAAAAAUUAGGAACGCAGAAGCUGAGAUAUCUCAGUUACAUGCUCGUAUGGAUAAUAAGUGA